UAUAGCUGCGUGACGCCGCCGCCUGGCACAACCACUGCACAAGCGCAGCACCACCAUUGGCUCCUCACACUAGCCAUGCGCCCCUGCGCACUCCUUUUCGGCGCGGCCGCCGCCUUCGCGCCGACGCCAAAACGGCUCCCACGAACACCGCGCCGCGCGACCCCGGCGACGCCGCCGGACGUGCCGACCGCGGCGCGCGUCGCCGUGCUGCUGAGCGUGCCCGUCGCCUGGGGCACGUACGCGCCGGCCGUCAAGGCCGUGUACGCGCUGCCGGCGCCGCCGCCGGGCGUCGUGUUCAGCCUGGCCUACUACGUCGUCGCGCUCGCGUGCCUGGGCGCCGUCGCGGCGCCGCGGCGAUCCCAGAACCCGCUGCCCUACCGGGCCGGGGGCGAGCUCGGCCUCUACCUGUUCCUGGGCAACCUGUUCCAGGUCGUCGGGCUGGAGACCGUGAGCGCGGACGCGGCCGCGUUCCUCGUGCAGACGACGACGGUGAUCGUGCCGGUCCUCGAGGCCCGGGUGACGGGGAAGGCCGUCGCCGGGGCCACGUACCGCAACUGCGCCGUUGCCUUCCUCGGCGUGGCGGUCCUCUGCGGCGAGGGGCUGGAGACGGGCGCGGCGCCGGCCGCGGGCGACCUGCUGAUCCUCUGCGCGGCGCUCCUGUACUCGGUGCACGUCGUCCGGCUGUCGGCGCUCGCGCCGGGCCUCGAUGCGCUCGACCUCGCGCGGGCCAAGGCCGCGGCCGAGGUCGGGUUCGCGGUGCUGAGCGUCGCGGCGCUCGCCGCGGCCACGCCGUUCCUCGACGGGCGCGCCUUCGCGGCGUCGCUCGCGCACGCGGCGCCGGACACGACGGCCGCGCUGGCCACGGCCGUCGUGUGGUGCGGCGCCGUGACGUGCGCGUACACGAUCUGGGCGCAGUCGUUCGGCCAGCGCGGCGUGACCGCGGCGCGCGCGAACCUGGUGUACACGUCCCAGCCCGUCUUCUCGGCGCUCUUCGCGUUCGGGCUGCUCCACGAGGUGCCGACGGCCGCGACGCUCGCGGGCGGCGGCCUCAUUUUGAUCGCCGUCGCGGCCGAGGUGCUGGCGAUGGACGAGGCGCCCGCAUAAGAACAGCUAGUAUGGUUACUAUAGA